AUGGAUCCCAUGCUGAUUUUUACUUGGUUAUUACUGUUGCAUGGAGGACAUCUGAGUGCAUCAGAUGUUCCUUUGAGACUGGUCAAUGGAUCAAGCAGAUGUGAAGGUCGACUUGAGGUGUAUCAUAGAGGAAAGUGGGGGACAGUCUGUGAUGAUGCUUGGGAUAUAGAUGAUGCACACGUAGUAUGCAGAACACUUGGAUGUGGACAGGCUCUCUCUGCUCAAGUAGAUGCUCAUUUUGGCCAAGGCUCAGAGGAAAUUUUCCUGGAUGAUGUGCGGUGCAUAGGGAAUGAACCUUCUUUUGAGCAGUGCUCACACCGUGGAUGGGGAAUCCAUAACUGUGGUCAUAAAGAAGAUGCUGGAGUGAUCUGCUCAGCAUUAAAUUCUGUGACAGAUUAUUUAUUUAUUGUAUUUCCCAAAGUAACUUCUGUUCAGCUAGUUAAUGGAGCCCACCGAUGUGAAGGUCGCCUUGAAGUAUAUCAUAAUGGCAGCUGGGGAACAGUUUGCGAUGAUGGCUGGGACAUGAAUGAUGCACAGGUUGUAUGCAAACAGCUUGGAUGUGGACCGGCAAUUUCAGCACCUGGAAAUGCCUACUUUGGUCGGGGGUCUGGCAAUAUUGUCCUGGAUAAUGUUCAGUGCACUGAGAAUGACGACUUCCUGGAACAGUGCAAUCAUGCCCCUUGGGGCACACAUAAUUGCGUUCAUAGUGAAGAUGCUGGUGUCAUCUGUGAAGGUAUUAACACUCCCUCACAAGUGCGACUGGUUAAUGGAAUCAACAGGUGCCAAGGUCGUGUUGAAGUAUAUCAUGAGGGCAGAUGGGGAUCAGUCUGUGAUGAUUACUGGAGCCCAAAGAAUGCAAAAGUUGUGUGCAGGCAGCUUGGAUGUGGACCGGCAAUGUCAGCACCUGCAUGUGCCUGCUUUGGUCAAGGCACAGACGCUAUUUUCUUGGAUGAUGUUCGGUGCAGGGGAAAUGAAACCUCAUUGACUCAGUGCCCUCAUGCACCUUGGGGCAUACAUAACUGUGGUCAUCAUGAAGAUGCCAGUGUCAUCUGCUCAGGUAAGUUUAACAAACCUUCACUUGACCAAUUCAACAAAAUGAAAUAUCAUUUUCUUUUUUAAAAUAUUCCCAAUGCAGCUGCUGUGCGACUAGUUCAUGGAACCAACCGAUGCCAAGGUCGUGUUGAAGUAUAUCAUAAUGGCAGUUGGGGAACAGUCUGUGAUGAUUACUGGAACAUGAAGAAUGCAGAGGUUGUGUGCAGACAGCUGGGUUGUGGAGAGGCACAAUCAGCACCAGGAAGUGCCCACUUUGGUCAAGGCAAUGUUGAUAUUAUCUUGGAUGAUGUUAAGUGCAGGGGACAAGAACAGACCUUGGCUCAGUGUCCCCAUACUCGCUGGGGCAUACAUAACUGUGGUCAUCAUGAAGAUGCUGGAGUCAUCUGCUCAGAAUCCAGUACUCAAACUAAGGUGUGAAUUCAUUGGUGCAUCUGAUCCUUUUAUCACUCUCCAGUCAUCACCAUCCCACAAU